AUGAACAAAGAAAGACUUAAAUACAAAGAGGAGAUUGAAAAACUUAGAGAUGCCCAAGAGAAGCUUAAGUUAAAUCUUUCUAAAAAGACCAGUGAGCUCAACCAAAACAAAGCUGAACUUUCAGAAGAAAAAAACAAGAACGAUAAACUUGAGAGAAAAAUUAAAGCGCUGGAAUUAAUUCAAAACAAAACCGACGAAAGACGGCAGAAUGUUGUGAUCAAAAAGCUAAAAGAACAGCUUAUUAGACCCCUCACAGGUAUGGAGGGAACAGGAACUCCUGUUAGACCUUCAGAAACAUGUCACUGUGUUGUGUCAAUACCUUCACUGGCAGAGGAGCAGAAGCUUAACAUGUCUAAAAAGCACAAGGAGAUUAAAGAAAAGACCCGUGAACUUGAACAAGAGAAAAUCAUGCAGUAUAGGCUUGAUAAGGUAAUAAGAAAUCUGGAUAGUAACAAAGAGAAUGUGAUGACACAGACUUGUGCAGUUCAUAUAAUAGAACCUCAAGAUUUAAUCGAGAGAUGGAACUCCAUUGGCAUCGAAACGACACCCAUAGGCAGCGAAACGACACCCACAGGCAGUGAAACGAAACCCACAUGCAGAAAAACGAAACCCACAUGCAGAAAAACGAAAUCCACAUGCAGAAAAACGAAAGCCAAAGACAGUGAAACGAAAGCCACAGACAGUGAAACGAAAGCCACAGACAGAGAAACCAGAGAGGACAGAAGACAAACACAUAACAACACGGACUAAAGUCCAACCACACAUAUGCAAACCUGAAUAUUAUGCUUGUGUUUUCCCAAAGCUUUGAGAACAGCUUGAAGGGGAAAAAAAGAGUUUGACAAUAAUCUGAAUGAAAAAUAAAAAAUAA